GUGGUUAGCUGGUCAGACGAGCGACCGGAGCCGGGGUGGGCUGGCGCUCCUGUGGUGAGGGGCAGGGUAGGUAGACCAGAAGAAAGUAAGAAGAAGGGGGAAGAAAACGGAAGAGGAGGGAGGAAUAGGAAGAAGUUGAGUGAAGAGAGGAAGAGGUGGUAGGGGGAACAAGAAGAAAAGUGAAGGCACAGGAGUACAGGAUACCGUUUUCGGAGACAGGAGAGACAACAUGAGGUUACCAGCGCAGGCGCUGCUGGCAGCGCUGGCGCUCUCCACCACUGCGACCGCCUCCCCAGCGCCAUCUCUGGACGAGUUUCGGAAACAUCUCGCAGGUGGCGCUGCGGUCGCCCGAGUCCGCCGACAGCUGAGCCAACGAGCCCGCCUGGUCAACGAUGAACCGCAAAGGUACCCUCGGCCCACUGUGCUACCCAGCGGACAGCAGCAAUACCAGCACUUCCAGGCCCCGUACACUCCGGAGGUUAUAGAGGAGGUGCGGUACGCUCAACCGAACAGCGACACAGGUGCCGUCUCCAACCCACCACGUCUACGAGCGCCGGUCGUCUCUGGCGGCUACUCCAACACAAAACUGCAGGGAUACGGUCCACAGACUGGAUCACCUCGCCCGGUCGGUACGAGGAGACCUCAGCCGGUAUACCGUCCCAACCCACAACAGGAGACUGAGAAGGAGAGGGAGGAAGAAGAGAAGAGAGAGACGGAUAGAGCGAGUCUGGUGGAGCUGAUGAUGGAGAAGGCGAGAGAGGCGGCGAGGAAGGCGGCGAAGGAAGAGGAGAGGGAAAGUGAAGCGAAAAUGGAGGACAGCCAGGGUGUGUCCCAAAGACAGACGCCAGUCCCUCGUAAUCCGCCAGAAGUUACACGUAGUCCACCAGAAGCAGUGACAGAGAAAUCUUCAACGGGUGGAAGUCGCGUGUCACUGUAUGAAAAGCUCGCAGCUGGUUUGAAAGCUACAGCUGAGAAAAGUCGGCAGCAGGUGCCCUUCGUUGCGCGGACUCCGCCUUCUGCUGAAACGUUACAAGCUUCCAGCCAAUCAUCUGCUUCGACCGGUGACAGGUCACAGUCUGCGAGCCAAUCAGCGUCGGAGGUUCCAGAGCGAAGGCCAGUCGCGGCAGCUCAGACGGCGACAACCGCAGCACCAUCUACUUCCAGGACAGGAGAGAGCAGGCCGUGGGAGAGAGGACAGGAGGAGCCGACAACGGGAGCGGAUAGGAGAGAGUCUUCGGAGGAAGAGAGACCAUUCGAACCCUCUCCACUUGACGUUUGGAGUAACCCUCAGCAACAGGGACCAGGAGAAUAUCAGGAAUGGAACCGUCCUGGCCAGUAUGACGAGGGUUGGACCCAGCAGGGACCCGAACAGGAGUACUGGGAAGAAGGGGCGCAACAAGAGCCCUGGCAGACCCGGCGCGCACCCUGGGGUAGUCCAGCUGAAGGACCUGAGGCAGCCCCUUCUGGAGUCAGGGCACCAGAGGUCGCACCAUUCACUGGACCUCCAAGGCAGACAGUGCGUGACGGACGUCCACCAAGACCCAGACCUGGGGCUCGUCCGGGAUCUCGUCCGCGUCCGCAGAGUGGUGUGCCUCGCCCGGGGGCGGACCGAGUCCGUCCCGGUCCACGGCCUGCAGCCCCUCUUCAGCCGCGUCCAGAGCUAACCGCUGGUGUCCAGCUCGCGUCUCGACCUCCAUUCCCAGAGGGAGCAAGACCACCACUACGACAACGUCGACCUCCUACGACGCCCAAACCUGCUCCUGGAUAUCUGGAUACAAUCCUUAACUGGUUUCGUGGUGGGAGCGAAGAGGAGGAAGAGGAGCCACGGCCGGCACCUCCUCCGAGACCACACCAAGGUCUUGCUGCACCGCCUCAGUUUCCCAACCAACAGGCAGGAGGUGAGGCGUUCAGACCACCACCGAGUCAGCCAGGAGUCCCCGCUGAUUAUCUGGAAUCCCGCGCGGACAACUUCGAGGAUACAAACCCGGAUCGCAGUGGGGUUGGUGUUGACGUAGAAGAAUGGAGAGUUGUGGAGGGAACUGGUGGAGAGCCGAGCGGACACAAGGCGCCCAACAUCCUUCCUCAGUUCCGUCCGAACGCUCAUGUCGAACAGAUGUUCCCGCAGCAGACUCUGCCUCCACCACAGGAGGAUGAAAGGCUGCCUGCAGCAGGUGAAAGGAGACCAACGCAGGGAAGGCCUAUCAACAGGAGACCUGGUAAUUUAAGAAGGCCUCCUCGGGGUCAGAGACCUGCACAGAUCGAGAGAAGACCUCAAGUCGAGGGACUCGAAGAGCAGACGUUUCGUCGCCCUUCGCCAGGAUCCCUCCCUCAGCAGAGACCCAUUCGCACCAACCCACCCAGGCGUCCCAUCAAUGGCAAACCGCCACGUCGUCUGAAGCCAAGCACAAAGCCUGGUCGUCGGCCUCCGACGGGCACACCACAGCGUCGACCUCGUCCUGGCGUUGAGGCGCCGCGGAUUCCUCCUCUGAACACUAACGAAGUGCAGCGCCGACGUGGUCAACCCAGCCCCGCUAUUCCAGGUGCGCCUGUGAGUACUCUUCAGAUGCUCCACCCGUCCCUCUCCAAGCCCAGUGUUCUUCAGCCUCUGAGACCCGGUCCCCCAGCAGGCAGCGUUGGCGGCCCUCCUCGUCGCCGAUUCCGUCCCCCGAGGCCCUCUCCGCAUCAGCUACCGCCACCUCUAUCCCCGGCGCAGAGGCAGUCGCAGGGACCGCUGAGUCUUCUUCCCGGACCUCCUCCGCCAUCGACGGGAGUCGAGGAAAUCUCAACGGGACCGACGGCAAGACCCGCGACGCUGCUGGACGAUCGACGAGUGAUGGUGGUGGGACCUUUCGGACGUCCGCCACCCGGUGCUCCGCUUCUGGCAAGACCUCCCGCGCUGGCACAGGAGGCAGAGAUCCCGCAAGGAAGCGCACCGGGGAUCGAAGAUGAAAGGAUUUAUCCAGAGGACACCAAGGAAGGUGGGCAAGGUGCACUGACGAUGGAGGAUAAGUCGAGGACAAGCGGCGAGCAGAUCGACCGGGUAGGAGGUCAAACCAGCCCAAAACAGGACAGUGAGGUGGUCAGGCUUCUUCAGCAGACGCCUUCUGCUAGUACAGUCGCUGAAAUAGAAGCUGUUUCUUCGGGAACACCAUCAACCGAAGACUCCAUGUCAGAGGGUGCGCUUCCACUUGGCGCUGAAGAUGACGACCUUCUGCCCCUCAGGGAAACAUCGACAACACCUCAAGACCAGCCUGUAGCAGCGAUGAUGAUGAAACCCAAAGAACAAACAAACAAGCCUCAGAAGACUCGUCCAGAAGCUAUGAAAAUGUCCAGCGAGGGAGCUACCCAAGCGUGGCCGCAGCCUGCUCCUGAACCUUCUCCUGAACCUGUUCUGGAGACGUCUCUAGAGCCUGAGAGCAGUCCCGAACCUGAGCCCGCCCCCGAGCCAGAGCCUUCCCCUGCGCCUGAACGCAAGUCCCAAACAGCUCCCGCAUCGUUACCACCUUCGAAUACGAAACAGCCAGAGUCUGAGCCAAAACCAACUUCACCCGCAGAGCAGCCGAUGAAAUCCAACACAGCGACAACUCCCAGCCUCCCGACCGCCGAUCCUAGGCCUGCUGUUGGUGAAGAUGGUACGAGGUUCGUUUAUGCUACCGAUGCGGACUCACCUGUGCUGACUCAGACCUUCGAGAGACGCCAGGGUGGUGCCGUGGAGGAUAGCGCGACAGAGGUGGAGGUAGUGGGUCCAGAGAUGGAGCUUGAGGAUGAUAUUGAGCAAGAACCAGAGCCUGAGCCAGAGCCAUCGCCGGAGCAUGAGCAGAAGACAGACAAAAAUGAGAUGAAGCAGAAGAAUGAGAUGAAGAAGGAACAGAUGGCAGAGGAGACUCCUAUGCCCGAGCAGCAGAAGCAAGACGCUGCUCAGGAUAAGAUCAGCCACAGCAAAACACCAAACCAGGCGUCAACUAAGGAGGAAGAGUCGACAACUCCUAGCCAGGCAAACCAAGAUGCGGAAGGAGAAAAAGAGCAGUACUCAGCCCCCUCGGCACCCCCGGAGGAGGAAUAUUCUCCCGAUUAUAAUGGAGAAUAUACCGGACAGUACGACCAAAGCUACGGGCAGAGACAGACCUACCAGCAACAGACGGGAGAAGAGAACACAGAACCGUACGUUCAAGUUUACGGCGAAGAAAACGCUGAACCAUACCAGGACCAGUUCUACGACUACGAGCAGGGAUACGGGCCGUAUGGUGAUGAGUACGGACCGUACUAUGAAGACCCCGCGCAGGAUCGGUACUGGGAUCAGGAGAGUUAUCAGGAGAGCUAUCCGGAGAACUAUCAGGAGCAGUAUCAGGAUCCUCAGUAUCAGGAGCAGAAUAAGGACCAGAGUCAAGGAGAGUUUCAACAGCAAUACCCAGAUACGCAGUACCAACAACAGAAUCAGGGGGAGUAUCAGACAUCAUACCAAGAUCAAAACCAGCAGCCAAACCAGGAGGAAUAUCAGGCGCAGUUCCAAGGACAACAGGAGAUAAGGCAGAAGGCUCCAGCCGCUCGAAGGGUCGCCCAGGCGCCUCUAAGAACCGCCACAACACAGCAACCAUGGAGGGUUAUUGAUAGCUCAAAUAACCCUUCACAGACAACCAAGACUCAUGUAGAAGUUCCAGCAGGCACGCCGACUACGAUGGUUCACAGCGUUCCAACACAUCAACAGACAACGCGUGGACAACCCAUCACCUCCUCAAGCUCAGCACCAUCCACCACCGCCGCAGCAGGCUAUCCCUCAAGUCACGUGACUACCACCGAGGCCCCAUACGAACUCGUGACCGCAAGUCACGCGUUCGACGACUCUCGUGAUGUCAUGACUCUGGAAGUCACCCACAAGUCUAGUUUCGCCGUCGGGGGGUCUGGGGACGUCGCCGGGGGUUCCCCGCGUCCCGCGGCUCCCGGGGUGGGUUCAGUGGCCUCUGUAUCGCUCGAGGAUCUCGGACCGGAUAUCCGGUUUGAUGGACCGGAAGUGCAGUACUACAGGCCACCGGAAGCGAGGAGAGAGGAGGCAGAGAAGGAGAGCGAGAGUGGAAGGCCGCCCCUCGAGUUCACGCUGCCGGAUUUGUAUAAAGACUUCCGGCCGCUGCUUGACUAAGAUUAACACUAAAAAGACAAGACUAGGAGGAAGACUAAGACAAGAACUAGGACGGAGUAUGUAAUUAGGAUUGACUAGAGUGUACAUAGAGCAGAGCGUACAGACGAGGCAUUACAAGACGUUAAGUGCAAGGAGUAAUAUUGACUGACAGACUCAUAAACACAACCCCACUGACUUUCACGAGUUUGAGACGACAAACCCACUGACUUUCACUGAUGAAAUAAUUUGCAUUGACUUAUACAAACUUGACACAGACUUAGCGACAAAACUUGAUGACACUGACUGAUACUCACUGACAUGACCACCCUGACAAACCCACCUGACAUUAACAGACAAGAGUCGAUUGCCGGACUCCACGACAUUCAGCAACAGAAUCUUUGACAUUGACCGAUUGGACCACUGACAGACACAGAAAUUCACUGACAUUGAAAAAUAAAUUUAUUGACGCACUCGAACUCGACAGACUGAAAUACUGACAAAACACUCUCUGACAGACAAACUCGACGACAGACUGGCUGUAUUGACAGAUAAUGAUAAACGGAAUCCUUGACAAACUCCUGAAAUUGACUGAAAAAGUAACAAGCGGACGAACUAGACGACUUAAACAAAUAAUUGACAAUGACCUUCAAGCUCACAGACAAAUAAACUUAUAAACUUAUCGACAUUGAAAGACUUAAAACACACAAAGGCGAUGAAAAAGCUUACCACAAUGACGGAUCAACUCAAUGACGCUGACAAAUGAACUUAAUGACACUGAGAGACAAAAUACACUCUUCAACAUAGAAAGACACACUGAUUGAAUGACACAAUGACAUACUUGAUAGACAAACUGGCGCGUGCAGAGACAAACUUGACAUUGACAUUGUGACAAACACAAACACGCUGACUUGGUAACGACGUAGUGACUUAUAGUGUAUUAAACAGUUAUUUAUGAAUUCAUGACCUCUGUUACCGAAGUGUGACAAUGUGAGAGGUGGCAAAGAAAGUAGGAUAGACAACCGCUCAAGUUAUCGACUUUCUAGUAUUCUGCCCUGACCUAUCAAUAUUGUUACUGUUAUUGUUAUAUUAUUGUUGAAGUCGACAUAUGUUGUUGUGUUAUCAAAUGUAUCUAUCUAACGAUGGAAAGCGACCAACUCACGGUCAUAGAUACUAGACCAACUGCGUGCUUGUUGGAGUGUGUCAGCGGUUGUGUUUUGGGAGAUCGAAAAACAAAUAUUUAGUUUGAGUGACUGCCGCAGCCUUGUCGUCUUCUGAGUUUAGCAUGAUGACAACCUGAAAACUUCGUUUUUGUUAGUAUCAGGCUUAUGGCGUAAAUGACAACCGUCUUGAACUAAGGGACACUAUUUUCACCAAAGUGUGAACGUUUUAUCAAAGCAUGAUUGGGCAUUGCAGAGAAGACGUGACUCGGGUCACCUCGUCCGCUUUAGGGGAGACUUCUGAUGUGUGUUGUCACGUGAUUUGUUUUGUGACUUGACUCUGUUGGCAUUAUGUGUGGUGUUACUGCUGUACUUGAACGUAAUUGGUGCAAAUAAAUCGGCAUUAUUGAUGGGAAA